CAACAGCAAUGGCGGAAGGAGAAGAAGUGCUGCUGCUGCCAACGUCGGGCGGCGACAGCUGGGAGAACGAUCUUGAAGAUGCUCUGGAAGCAGGAGGUUGUGACCUUGAAACUUUAAGAAAUAUAAUUCAAGGGAGACCAUUGCCUGCUGACCUAAGGGCCAAAGUUUGGAAGAUUGCACUCGGUGUUGCAGGAAAAGGUGAUAGUUUGGCCUCAUGGGAUGGCAUUUUAGACUUGCCAGAACAAGACACUAUUCACAAAGAUUGUCUGUCAUUUCUGGAGCGACUUGCAGUGCCGGAAGAAAAGGCAGCAGAGCUUCUCCUGGACGUCGAGUCUGUGAUCACCUUCUACUGUAAGUCGCGCAGCGUCCAGUACUGUGCCUCACGUGGCUGGCUGCAUCUACUCAAGCCCUUGGUGCAUCUCCAGCUGCCACGCAGCGACUUGUACAACUGCUUCUACGCAGUCAUGAACAGAUACAUCUACAGAGAUUGCUCGCUGAAGGGGAGACCAUUCCAUCUUUUUCGAUUACUCAUCCAAUACCAUGAGCCUGAGCUAUGUUCUUUUCUUGAUACAAAGAAAGUCACUCCAGACUCCUAUGCACUCAACUGGCUCGGAAGCCUUUUUGCGUGCUACUGCCCCACUGAAGUCACUCAGGCAAUAUGGGAUGGGUAUCUUCAGCAAGCAGAUCCAUUUUUUAUUUACUUCUUAAUGCUGAUAAUCCUUGUUAAUGCAAAAGAAGUGAUUUUAGCACAAGAGUGUGACAGCAGGGAGGACGUCAUCAAGUUUUUAGAAAACACUCCAUGCAGUUUAAAUCUGGAAGACGCAGAAGACCUUUUCUCCCUGGCUCAGUAUUACUGCAGCAGAACACCAGCUUCCUUUAGGAAGGAUAACCACCAUCUCUUUGGUAGCACUUUGUUGGGGAUUAAGGAUGACGACUCAGACCUGAGUCAGGCUCUCUGUCUGGCUGUGUCAGUGCCGGAGAUCCUUCAAGCAAACCAGUUUCAAGGGGAUGGAGUCUGGUUCUUUGUGGUUGACUGCCGCCCUGCAGAACAGUAUAAUGCUGGCCAUCUGUCCACUGCGUUCCACCUAGAUUCAGAUCUGAUGCUGCAGAGCCCCUCGGAGUUCGCGCAGUCAGCCACGUCCCUGCUAGAGGCCCAGAAGCAGUCCAUCGAGUCGGGCUCUGUGGCGGGCUGGGAGCACCUGUGCUUCAUGGGGAGCGGCCUGGAGGAGGAGGACAUGUACACGAACAUGGUGCUCGCACACUUCCUGCAGGGUGAAUCUUCUAAUGGCUCCAAUGAUAGAGGAAUGAAAUCUCUAGUAAAUAAGAUGACUGUUGCUCUCAAGACAAAAUCCGUUAAUGUCAGGGAAAAAGUUAUCAGUUUCAUUGAGAACACAUCAACUCCUGUGGACCGAAUGUCUUUCAAUCUUCCUUGGCCAGACAGAACACGUACUGAGCGGCACGUGAGCAGCAGUGACCGGGUGGGCAAGCCUUACCGCGGCGUGAAGCCCGUGUUCAGCAUUGGCGACGAAGAGGAGUACGACACAGAUGAGACUGGCAGUUCUUCAGUGUCAGACGAUGACAGGAAAGAGGUCGUGAACAUUCAGACUUGGAUAAACAAGCCCGACAUCAAACACCAUUUUCCUUGUAAAGAAGUGAAAGAAAGUGGACACAUGUUUCCUAGUCACCUGCUGGUCACCGCGACGCACAUGUAUUGCUUACGGGAGAUUCUCUCCCAGAAAGGAUUGGCCUACAUACAGUCUCGACAAGCACUAAAUUCAGUAGUUAAAAUCACAUCUUAAAAAAAGCAUCCUGAACUAAUUACUUUCAAGUAUGGGAACAGCAGUGCUUCGGGGAUAGAGAUCUUGGCCAUUGAAAGGUAUUUGAUCCCGAAUGCAGGAGAUGCAACCAAAGCCAUAAAGCAGCAGAUCAUGAAAGUGUUGGACGCUUUGGAAAGUUAAUAUGAAUGAGGAUUAUUUUUCAAAGGAAUCAGUGCAACCAAAAGAAACACAGAGCUACUUUCUCAGCUGAAUACUAAGCGGAGAUGUUUGUUCAUGAGGAUGUUUGGAUUGUCAGUCUGAAAGUGUGAACUACUAUAAUCACUCUCUGGACAGUUUAACAAUUUUUAAAAAAAUUAUUUUGCCUUUUUGGUUUUAUAAAAUGAUUCACUAUAAAUGUCA